CAUCACUGAUAUCAUUUACCACUAAAGGUAAUUUAUAGCUCUGAUGCUGAGCCUGCCUUUAACACCGGAUCAAACUUUCAUCUCCGCUGAGUCAGCGUCUCCGCUCCGACCCGACUGGCCGCCUCUCCGCUCUCAAUCCUCCAGACUUCACCAACUUCUGAACUUCACUUCUCCGUCAGGCCCAAAGCUCCAACAUGGCCGCUGCCGAGGUAACGUACGCCGAUGUGAAGCUGCCUAAAUCCAAGGUCAAAGCUGAUAAUCGUUUAUUACCCGAAGUCACUUACUCUGAAGUCAGGCGCCUGAGAAAACUCACAGAAGACUCUCAACCAUUUGAUUCAACCAAAACGAGGAAAACUCAACCCAGAUGUCGGAUAAAACCUGGACUCACCGCAGAGCGAGCGGCUCUGCUGGUUCUCAGCGUUCUGCUGGCGGCGGCCGUCAUCGCCCUCUCCGUCACCCUCACCGAUGCAUCAUAUCGAUCACUUCCAACAUGUCCAACAUGUCCAACAUGUCCUGCAGUAAAAAAUGAAACAUUUCUGGAGUGUGAACCAGGCUGGGAGAAACAUGGAGGAAACUGUUAUUAUUUCAACACCAAUAAAUCCUCCUGGACUGACAGCAGACGUUCCUGCACUGAUCUGGGAUCAGACCUGGUGAAGAUCGACAGCAGAGAGGAGCAGAUGUUCCUGGAGAUGAAACUGAGAGGCUUGAUGAUGAACCAAACAGAGAAAUUCUGGAUCGGACUGACAGACUCGAAGGAAGAAGGCAAAUGGUUCUGGGUAAAUGGAUCAUCUCUAGAUGAAAGGUUUGAAGGUCCUUGAAAAUAUCCUGGUGUAUUUUAACAUCUGAUGGAUUUUUUAAGAUGUUUAUCUUGUUUUAAAUCACAGUCUGAGUUUUUGGAGUGAAGACCAACCUGGAAGCAAACAUGGAGGAAAUAAAACUAAAGAUAAGGACUGUGUGACGAUGAGAAAGAAAAGAAAAGAUGACCUGAAUAACUGGUUUGGUAGAUCCUGUGAUGAAACUAACAGAAGCAUCUGUGAGAAAGCAGCAAAUGUGUCUCAAUGUUUUUGUCUGUGAAGAUAAUUCAGUUUACAAAAUAAAUAUAUCUUCUGAUUAAUCUCAUUGGCUGUAAGACAAAGAAAAUAAAACAUGAAAAAAC